UUGGAUUAUAUUUCGAAGCUAAUAUACGUAGCCCUGAUGUUAAACAAAAGUUAAAAAUACAGCAAAGGAAUGUAGCUCAAAGUGGAAAUUGCAAUCAAGUAAUGUCAAAACAGAAAAAACAUGCAUCUACUUUGCCAGCUAAGUCUAGUACAAUAUCUUUCAGUUCACUUCAAGAAGCAACACAAAUCGACGAGUCACUAUCUUUGACUCUGAAGAAACAAUACAUAGGCUUCCAUCUUCAACGUCAGCAAUUUCAACAGCCGUUUAUAACCAUCAAGACUAUGCUAACAACUUUACGACAGUCAUUAUCAUCAAGACUAUACUACCGCUACGCGUUCAAUGAAUUGGAUAAUCAAUUUCCUAUUUUAUUUGAACUCACUGAAAAUAACAACUUAAUAAAAAUACAGAUAAUGAAAGUUUCAUAA